AUGGCAACCACACCGUCGCAAAAACCAUCAGCUAAAUCAUCCCUCAAGCCUAACAAGACGGUCAUUCUUCGUCUAGCUCCUCACCUGCUCAAGAAGUUUACCUCACCGUCUGAAGACGCUUCUGAGCCAUCAGCCACUGCUUCUCCUGCACCAGCUUCAACCCCCCUCAUCAACGCCCCAGCACCAGAAGCCUCAGAGACGAAUGGCACUCCAGCUCCCGGUACCGAUGCCGCUGCCACAGACAACAACUCGUUAGCUCCUCCUCAAGCAGUCAACGGCAAGAAGAAGGGCGUUCCUGGUCCCAAGCCUGGUACAAAGAGAACUGCUGCUCAAGCUGAGGCAGGCCCGAAUGCAAAGCCUAGAGGANAAGCCUGGUCCCAAGAAGAAGCCUCGUCUGUACGUGACUUGCACACCAACCAUACUCACUCAUUCCUUGUACAUACUGACACUAAUCUCAGGGCUGAUGGAACCAUUGAUAGAACUGCCGAGGGCACAAAGAAAGGUCCGUUCGGCGGCGUGGCUCCCAUAGCUACACACAAGCUAGGUCCCAAAGCCAAUACUGGUGCCAUCAAUGCUGGCCUUCGUGCACUGGACAGAUCAGGCAAGCCAUGCCGAAGAUGGGAACGCAAAGGUCUUCAACUCAAGAGUAUAUCUGGUGUUGCUUGGACAGUUGGAUCAUGGGCUGCUCCGCUCAAGGACAACUCAUCUUUCAGCGGCGAUGUGAAGAGCGAGAACUCGUCCAGCAGUCAAGCAGACAAUGCUAGGCUUGCGAGCAGCGCACUUCCUAGCGAAAGAAGCAACAGUGGCGAAGGAGCCAAGGCGGAGACUGCUCUUGAGAGCUCACCUGCACCAGCAGUACCUGUCGAGGCAUGA